AUGUCUCCUCCACCAGGCAUGAGUCCUGCCGCAAAUCCCCUUCCUGGUCGACCUGCCUCAGUUGCUGCUCCCUUCGCUCCGCCGCAAAACCUGCCCGACAUCAACUUCAACGCCCCCGUCAUCCGUCUUGGUGUCAGCCAGUCCUCCUCCAAGCCUUCCACCUAUGGCUACGAUUCACGCGCCCCCGAUAACGCUUCUGGAAACCGUAGUCGCACUGGUCUCGGCGCCGACCAAAGAAUGCCGCGUGAAACCCUUCAACUCGUUCCUCCCACUCUGGAAGAAGUCAGCAGGACCAUUUUCAUUGGAGGCUUGGUUGACGGUGUUCCCGAGGACGCCCAGCUCGAAGAUAUCCUGGGUGCCGGCGGUCAAGGUCCUGUCAAAUUGCGUCGCUGGACUCGUGUCAACGACGCCGAUGGAAAGCCCUGUCGCUUCGGCUUCGCCGAGUAUGAAGAUGCUGGUGCUUUACAGCUAGCUACGGAAGUUCUCAAAGAUAUUCAAGUACCUCUGCGGGAAAAAGGCAAGCUUUUGAAAGAUGAGGAAGGGAAUGUCAAGAAGGCCACACUCAUGGUCGUCGUUGACCAAAACUCACUCGAGUACAUCGAAAAAUGGUCAAAGCCUUCUGCCGAGGAACUACAGUUCCGUUUGGACACCGCAAAGGAUGAUCUGAACCGUGUCCUGGCUCACCUCUCGUCCCAGGACUCGUUGAUUAAUGGCCUUGACAAGAACGGAGACGUUGUCAUGGAAGAUGGCCACAAGCCGGACGGCGCAGAGGUCAUCACUAUUCCCGUCACUGCUGAAGACGAACUGUCCGACAUCCCCGCCGAGAUGCGCGAGACAGUCGCCGCCGAGAUUGCAGCUUUCAGAGAUCGCAGUAUUCAGCGCGAUCUCGAGCGUCUACGCAAGGAGGAAGAACUAGAGGCCGCCGAACGCAAUCGAUCCGCACCGAGACCCAGUCGCCUGGCUUCCCCUCCCCUUUCUGCUCCAUCAGGCCCCGGAGGUGUCAAUGGUGUACCCGUUGGCCCCCGUGAUCGCACUGUUGCUGGAGCACCAUCAGGCCCCAAGGGAUACCGAGGCGCACAAAUGCCCAAAGACUACGUGGACGGAGUCAACUUCGUCAACGGAAAGUCUGAAGACGACGAUGAUCCGGCUUCUGACUCGGAACUUGAGCGACGUCGCGAGGAAAACAAGAGCGCGGAGUUGGAGAAAGUGUACCUGGACCAAGAAAGACGCUGGCUCAAUGUGGAAAGAAGACAUAUUCAGGCACUUGCACGAGCCGAUGCAGAAGAGGAAGCCGAGCAAAGCGCUCGCCAGCAGCGCCGUGAGACUUUGGCGCAGAAAUACCAAGAAUUCGACGAUGAGGAGGAAUUGCGCAGACCCAGUGAGCUGUUCUACCGCGACCGCAAGGCAUGGAUCCGCGCGCGCAGAGACUUCAAGCAUGCCGAACGCUCUAGAGACGAACAGGAUCGCGAGGACGAGAGGAAAGAACGUGCGCGCGAGCAACGCAAGAUGGACGGUGCUCGCGGCAUGGCUGACGAUUUCCUGGCCGAAGCCGGUCAAGAGCUGUCCACCCGCAGUGCCACCACGAAAUCACAACCCAAGGUCUUCACACUCAACCUGGGCAGCUUCGGUGGUAACGGCGCGGCCCGCGAAGGAUCAGAAGAGCCGGAAGAGCAGCAGAAGCGGGGCGUGGCCAAGCAACAGACCAUGGCCGAGAUGGAAGGCCUGCUCGACGACGAAGACGACACUACACAAGGCAGUGGAGAUCGCAAGAAAGCUCUGCUGCGUGCAGUCGACUUCAAGCCUCUUGCAGCUGGCGAAAAGAUGAACGACGACGAACGUCAAGCCGCCACACGCGCACUCGCUGCAUCCAUCCCUACAUCUCUUGCCGAUCUCUUCGGCUGGCCCGUCAAAUGGGCACACCUACCCGACUCUGUGAUCCACGAACAACUGCGUCCGUACGUCCAAAAGAAGAUUUUUGAAUCUCUGGGUGUGCAGGAAGAUAUGCUUGUCGAGGUCAUUGAGGGUGUCGUGCGCAGACAUGGUCGCCCUGAAGAGAUUGUGGAGGAGUUGAGCGAUACACUCGAUGAAGAGGCCGAGGGACUUGCAAGAAAGGUAUGGCGUAUGGUCGUCUUCUUCUCCGAGUCUGAGGCCAGGGGGUUGGUUGUCAGGGAGUAA